AAAAGGAAACCCACGAGAGCGACGUACACAAUAGCUAGCUAAAGCCGUCGCCGCUCGCCCUCUUCCGGCCGGCGACGACCACCUCACGGCAUGGACAGCCUCGGUGCCAAUGCGGCGAACUCGUGCCCGCUCACGCCGCUGGGCUUCCUGGAGCGCGCGGCCACCGUGUACGGCGACUGCCCCUCCGUCGUCUACCACGACACCGUCUUCACCUGGUCCCAGACUUUCCGCCGCUGCCUCCGCCUCGCCUCCGCGCUCGUCUCCCUAGGCAUCUCCCGCCGCGACGUCGUGUCGGUGCUCCUGCCCAACGUGCCGGCAAUGUACGAGGCGCACUUCGGCGUGCCCAUGAGCGGCGCCGUGCUCAACACCAUCAACACGCGCCUCGACGCGCGCACGGUCUCCGUCCUGCUCCGCCACUCCGGCUCCAGGCUCGUCCUCGUCGACCAGGCGUCGCUGCCGCUCAUCCGCGACGCGAUCCGGCUGCUCCCGCCGGGGCACGACGCCCCGCGCGUCAUCACCGUCGAGGACCCCCACGAGAAGAGCCUCCCGGGCGCCGCCCCGGGCGCCGUCACCCUGACGUACGAGGGCCUCCUCGAGAAGGGCGACCCGGGGUUCGAGUGGGUGCGGCCGGCCUGCGAGUGGGAGCCGAUGGUACUCAACUACACCUCCGGCACGACGUCGGCGCCCAAGGGGGUGGUGCACUGCCACCGCGCCAUCUUCCUCGUCACCCUCGAUUCGCUCGUGGAGUGGGCGGUGCCGCCGAGGCCGACGUACCUGUGGACGCUGCCCAUGUUCCACACCAACGGCUGGACCUUCCCCUGGGGGAUGGCGGUGGUCGGCGGCACCAAUAUCUGCCUCCGCCGCGUCGACGCCGCCGAGGUCUACGCCACCAUCUCCCGCCGCGGGGUCACCCACAUGUGCGGCGCGCCAGUGGUGCUCAAUAUGCUGGCGAACGCGCCGGAGGGAGUGCGGCGGCCGCUCCCCGGAAAGGUGUACAUCCUUACGGCCGGCGCGCCGCCGCCGGCAGCCGUGCUGCACCGAACGGAGGCCGCCGGGUUCGAGGUCAGCCAUGGGUACGGACUGACGGAGACGGCGGGCGUGGUGGUCUGCUGCUCGUGGAAGGGGGAGUGGAACAAGCUCCCCGCGUCCGAGCGCGCCAGGCUCAAGGCGCGGCAGGGCGUGCGCACGCCGAGCACGGCCGAGAUGGACGUCGUGGACAGCGACACCGGCCGCAGCGUGCCCCGCGACGGCGCCACCAUGGGCGAGGUCGUGCUCCGCGGCGGGUGCGUCAUGCUGGGCUACCUCAACAACGACGAGGCCACCAGGGAGGCGGUACGGGGCGACGGGUGGUUCUACACGGGCGACGUCGGGGUGAUGCACCCGGACGGGUACCUGGAGAUCCGCGACCGGUCCAAGGAUGUGAUCAUAAGCGGCGGCGAGAACAUCAGCAGCGUGGAGCUCGAGUCCGUGCUCUACAGGCACCCGGCCGUGAACGAGGCGGCGGCGGUGGCGCGGCCGGACGAGUUCUGGGGCGAGACCCCGUGCGCGUUCGUGAGCCUCAGGGAGGGCGCGGCGGGCGCGGUGACCGUGGCCGAGAUCGUGGCGUGGUGCCGGGAGCGCAUGCCGCACUACAUGGCGCCUAAGACGGUGGUCUUCCUGCCGGAGCUGCCCAAGACGUCCACCGGCAAGGUCCAGAAGUACGUGCUCCGGGACGCCGCCAAGAAGAUGGGACCCACCGGCAGGGGCAGCAGCACAAGCAAGAUGUAGCUUGUCUUUGUUCGUAGCUAGCAUCAUGGUAUUCUGAGAUCAGCAAAAUAAUCUGCAAGCUUCUUGUCUCCUCGACUCCUCGAGUCGCUGAUGGAAAAAAUAAAAGUUUCAAUUUUAAAUUAAUCCAAA